UAUCUUCAGUGUGAUAAUAGGAAAUGCUCCCUUUUUGGAAGUGAACUCAACAGUUGUGCCAACUUGUCCAGAAAUUGUGUAACACAUACAUGUGGGCCUAGGCCUAUGUCUUCAACUGUCGGAAUUACGAUAUCGCCAUUGCCGUGUUCGGUUGCAAGGGAGCAAUUGGGACUUCCAAGUGGAAGGAUGCAGGAGGACUGUGAGAUGGGAGAUUUUGUCUCAUGUUGUCUGACUUUCAGUGAUGAAGUAAUUGGCAGGCUGAUGCCGCAAUCAUGAGGAUGGACAGAGCAGAUGAGUAGGAGGCAGGGACUGCAUUCGGGAUGCACCACGUAAUACGGACACUGAGGAUGGACAGAGCAGAUGAGUUGGAGGCAGGGAUUGCAUCAGGGAUGCACCUCACAAUACAGACACUGAGGAUGGACAGAGCAGAUGAGUUGGACGCAGGGAUUGCAUCAGGGAUGCACCUCACAAUACAGACACAGAGGAUGGACAGAGCAGAUGAGUUGGAGGCAGGGAUUGCAUCAGGGAUGAACCACACCAUACAGACACUGGGGAUGGACGGAGCAGAUGAGUUGGACGCAGGGAUUGCAUUUGUAAUGCAUUACAUAAUACAGACACUGAGGAUGGACAGAGCAGAUGAGUUGGAGGCAGGGAUUGCAUCCGGGAUGCACCACACAAUACGGACACUGAGGAUGGACAGAGCAGAUGAGUUGGAGGCAGGGAUUGCAUCCGGGAUGCACCACACAAUAGAGACACUGAGGAUGGACAGAGCAGAUGAGUUGGAGACAGGUAUUGCAUUUGUAAUGCAUUACAUAAUACAGACACUGAGGAUGGACAGAGCAGAUGAGUUGGAGGCAGGGAUUGCAUCCGGGAUGCACCACACAAUACGGACACUGAGGAUGGACAGAGCAGAUGAGUUGGAGGCAGGGAUUGCAUCCGGUAUGCACCACACAAUACAGACACUGAGGAUGGACAGAGCAGAUGAGUUGGAGACAGGUAUUGCAUUUGUAAUGCAUUACAUAAUACAGACACUGAGGAUGGACAGAGCAGAUGAGUUGGAGACACAGAUUGCAUCCGGGAUGCACCACACAAUACAGAUGCGAUGCAAGAACCGUGUUGACGCGUUUUGGUAA